AUGAAUGUGAUUUUAGGUCUGAGCCUUCGUUGGAACCAAACGGGCACAACUGUUGCUGGCGGCUCAUCAGGCUCAGGUGCUAAUCAAUUUAACAAAGCAGCCUGGGUGGAAAUCGAUGAAAAUGAUACAAUGUAUGUGGCUGAUCAUCACGGCUAUCGCGUGCAAAAAUACGUAAAAGGUGCUACAAGUGGUGUGACAGUGGUUGACGCGAUUCCAACUGGUGAUCAUCCUGAAUCAAUCACCUUUGACAAAGAUGGAUAUAUGUAUAUGGCUGGGCAUACUAAUAACCGAGUGAUACGCUAUCCCCCAAAUUCAGGUGUCGGUACAAACGUUGCUGGAACACUCGGCUCCUCUACCACUGCGCUUACUGAUCUCAGUGAUCCUUUAGGCAUGGAUCUUGACGACAAUUUGAAUCUAUAUAUUGCGGAAAGAAAAAAUAAAAGGGUUGUAAAAUGGGCUCGAAAUGCAGCAGCCGGUACUAUUGUCAUUGGUCCUAGUUCGACUUCAGGCUUUUAUGGCAUCUUGCUUUCACUUUACUCAUCGAAUCAAGCGUAUGUGAGUUCUGAAGAAACAGAUAGUGUAUAUUUGUGGACGUUUGGUGCCUCAAGCCCAAGUGUAACUCUCACUCAAGUUAAUGCCACAACGGCAACUCUUAAUGCUCCGAGAGGCAUGGAAUAUGAUACUUAUGGAAAUUUGUAUGUUGUCGACAGAACCAAUAAGCGGGUGGUAAUGUAUUGUGUUAACUCGACGGUGGGUAAAGUCGUAGCUCAAGAUAGUACGCAAACAAGUCUCGAUUCACCACUUGACUUGGCCUUUGACUCGGAUCUCAAUCUGUAUGUUGUUGAUGACGCUGCAGAAAAAGUUGUUAAAUAUACAAAACUUUGA